AUGGCAGUUGAACUGGAUGUAGAGGAAUUAUUAACCAUGGGGGAUUCUGAUAUAAUAAUUCGGCAAGCCCAAGGUGAGUGGGAAACUCGAGAUAUCAAACUCAUCCCGUACAGGCAACAUGUGGAAGAUCUUAGUAAACAGUUCAAGUCUAUCGAGUUCAGGUAUAUUCCUCGAUUCCAUAAUGAGCUAGCUGAUGGACUAGCUACUUUGGCCUUAAUGCUGCCAUACCCGGGUAAUGCUCAUAUUAACCCACUGAAAAUCCAAGUUCGAGAAAGGCAUGGUUAUUGUAACACAAUUGAAAUGGAGUCAGAUGUUCAACCAUGGCCAAUGGAGAUCAAAAGAAAACUAUCAGAAGGCUUGCAUGCAGUUAGUUUCUUUUUGAGUGGAAAGGUCCUAUACAAAAGAACUCCAGAUCUGAACAUUUUGAGGUGCGUAAAGUCCCGAGAAGCCAAAAAGAUCAUGAAUAAAGUGCAUUCGGGAAUACACAGUAACCUGAUUCAUGCACCGCCUUCAGAGUUACAUCCUAUGUCAACGCCUUCGCCGUUUGUUGCUUGGGGCAUAGAUAUUAUUGGUCCAAUCGAGCCGAAAGCUUCAAAUGGCCACAUAUUCCUUUUGGUUGGCAUUGAUUAUUUCACAAAAUGGGUCGAAGCAGUCACUUUCAAAGCCGUCUCCAAAUAA